CGGACGUAAUACAGAGUUGCAGCGCCUGCACCGGAAGUCCUGAAAGCAAGUCCAGCAUACAGGGAAACACAUCACUCUGUAAUUAAGCCAGGAAAUAAGUCUACCAAAAGCACUAUUGUCGAUUAUUUCACAUCAUCAUGUCAGACAACGAAGACAACUUCGAUGAUGGGGAUUUCGACGAAGGAGAGGAAGAUGAAGGACUGGAUGAUCUGGAGAACCCAGAAGACGAGGACCGGGAGAACGUGGCGGUCCUGCCGGCUGGGAGCGGCAGCGGGGCGAACGCCAAGAGGAUCACCACCGUCUACAUGACCAAGUACGAGCGAGCCAGGGUGCUGGGGACCCGGGCCCUGCAGAUAGCGAUGUGCGCUCCGGUCAUGGUGGAGCUGGAGGGAGAGACGGACCCCCUGCAGAUCGCCAUGAAGGAGCUCAAGUGCAGGAAGAUCCCCAUCAUCAUCCGCCGCUACCUCCCUGACAACAGCUACGAGGACUGGGGCUGCGACGAGCUCAUCAUCACAGACUAGAGCUCCGACCGACAUCAGCGCCACGGGCCCCUCCUGGUACCUCCCCCACCCCACCGGGAGGGGGGUGUAGGUGUAGUGACAUGGAGCUAAGUGUAGCCAGAGCUGCAUCUCCUUCACAGACCACAGGAAGGCUGCUCCGGUGCAAUUGUUCAAACGUUAAUUUAAGCGUAACGAUAUUUUGCUCUGACAACCUUUUGUUGUUUUAUCUGUAUUAUUUACUGUGAGGUUUUGCAGACCUCCUAACCGUAAACAGUUUAAGUUGAACUUUUCCCACUACUUAAAUACGUAUUUUACAGCUGUGUUACACUGAAGCACCACCAGGGGGCGUCUCAACACACUCGACAUGUUAGUGUUUGUGAAGACCUCACUGUCUUUCCGACAGUGUAGUGACUAUUGUUUUGAAGAAGAAAAAAAGAUUGAUUCUUGUGAUCAAACUAUUUUAUUAUUGUGAAUAAAUUCUUUUGUACAUGAA